AACAGCGGAAACACAUACAUAAAUAAACCAAACAGAGUGCAGUGAGUUUUACGUACAAAACAGAGAGAGAAAGAACUCCAAAGCUCUCUCUACACACAAGCACAAAAAGUUUGUCUUAGAAUCUCGCUGCUACGAACAAAAGAGAAGAGUUGGGUUGAUGUCUGCAGAAAAGGGGUAUGUAGGGUUGGGAGAGGUUGGUGAAAUGGAAGAAAGCAUUGGGUUGAACCUGAAAGCAACUGAGUUGAGGCUUGGGUUGCCAGGGUCAGAGUCACCGGUGAAGAGUACUAGUUUGGGGGCAAAGAGGGGUUUCUCGGACGCCAUUGAUGGCAAGUGGGUUCUUUCUGGGAAUGGAAACGCUGGAUCUGACUUGGCUUUGGGUAAAGAUGCUUCCUUGUUCUCUCCUCCCUCUGACAAUACCAACAAUGACCCUCUUCCACUUCCACAACCUUCAAAGCCUAUUCCUGCUCCUGCUGCAAAGGCACAAGUUGUUGGAUGGCCACCAAUCCGUUCAUUCAGGAAGAACUCAAUGGCAACUCAGCCUCCUCAAAAGAAUGAAGCUGAUGCAGAACCCAAGCCUGGUUGCCUUUAUGUCAAAGUCAGCAUGGAUGGCGCCCCAUACUUGAGGAAAAUGGAUCUCAACAAUUAUGCUUCCUAUAGGGACCUCUCUUCAGCACUCGAAAAGAUGUUUAGUUGUUUUACUCUCGGUCAAUGCGGCUCUCAUGGGGUUUCUAGCCGAGAUAAUUCAAGCGAAAGCAAAUUGAGGGAUCUCCUCCACGGCUCGGAAUACGUGCUCACCUAUGAAGACAAGGAUGGUGAUUGGAUGCUAGUUGGUGAUGUUCCUUGGGAGAUGUUCACUGACUCUUGCAAGAGGUUGAGGAUAAUGAAGAGUUCCGAAGCAAUUGGGUUAGCACCUAGAGCCAUGGAAAAGUGCAGAAGUCGCAAUUAGCACAAUGUUAUUGAUACAAAAAGAAGCAUAUGAUAUUAUAUGAUACCCUUUCUUGUUCUUGCUUAUGUAAAAUUCUACUUUGACAUUGGAGUGUCGUGAACUUUUUUAAGCUGGCACCAUAUAUAUUGAUGGAAUUAUGUUAGGUCUCUGUUAUAGACGUCGUUUUAAGGUUUCUUAGGUUUGUUGCCCUUGUCUUUAAUCAGUUAUUAAGGCAUGUAAAUUUUGUAUUACUCUAGUAACAUUUGUGUCUCCCUACCA